GAAGGUGUUUAUUAAGGACAGACGCUACACAAGAAUAGCUGAUGAAGAUGAGCGUUGGAAGAAAGAAAGAAAGAAAGAGAAGAAGAGAAAGCUGGUUGUUUCCAAAAGCUGAGAGAGUUGAAAAGAUAAAUAAAAGAAAGCUGAUAGAUAGCAUGAGGUAACCGAAAGAAAGAAAGAUUAGCUUUUUUUUUUUCCUCCUCUCCCUCCCCAUGUCCCUUGUAGCCUUUGUAGCUCCAUCUUCUCUCUCCCCCACCUCUUCCCCAAUAUCACCUUAUUACUUUCAAUUAUAUUAAACUUCAAUUAGAGAGAGAGAGAGAGAUCGCUUUGCAUCUUAUAUUAUAGAGAAGCGAGUGAUUUACUACAGAGGAGAUCAGAGUUGAUAAUUCACCAAGCUCUAUGUUACCCAAUAACUCUUCUUCCUCAGUUCCUUCUUCUGAGCCCUUUUCUUGCUUAGAAAAUGGCAAUACCAAUAAAAGGAAAAGAAGACCUGCAGGAACUCCAGAUCCAGAUGCGGAGGUGGUGUCUCUUUCACCGAAAACCUUACUGGAAUCGGAUCGUUACGUUUGUGAGAUCUGCAACCAAGGAUUUCAGAGAGACCAGAACCUGCAGAUGCACCGGAGACGGCACAAGGUGCCUUGGAAGCUGUUGAAGCGAGAGACUCCGGUCGUAAAGAAGAGGGUGUUCGUGUGCCCAGAACCAAGCUGCCUGCACCAUGACCCCUGCCACGCCCUCGGUGAUCUUGUUGGCAUCAAGAAGCACUUCAGAAGAAAGCACAGCAAUCACAAGCAAUGGGUUUGCGACAAGUGCUCCAAAGGUUACGCAGUUCAAUCCGAUUACAAAGCCCAUCUCAAAACUUGCGGCACCAGGGGCCAUUCUUGCGACUGCGGCCGUGUUUUCUCAAGGGUUGAGAGUUUCAUAGAACACCAAGAUGCCUGCAAUAUGGAUCGUGUGCGGUCAGAAUCACAAGCACUGCAGCCUGCCGCAUGCUUGUCAAGAACAGCUUCAAGUCCCAGCCCAUCCUGCAGUGACAACAAUUUCAGCAGGGCUCCUCCCAAUUGGCCUCCUCCAUCUAAUUUGGUGCUACCGCAUCCGAAUCCAACCGAGUACACCAAAUUAAUCUUAACUAGUACUAGUCCUCCUGCUCAUCCUGAUCAUCUUCAACCUUCAUUAGUAUCCAAAAAGGCACUCUACAAUUUGGAUCUUCAGCUCGCAACAACAUCCAAUAAUAUUCCCAUCAACGAAGUCUCAUCGGUUUCCUCUAAGAGAGAAGAAAACCAUUCCACCCAGCUGCAGCUCUCAAUUGGGUCAUGUGAUUUUGGUGGCGGUGAACUUCAUCAGAAUAAAAUCGUUGAACACUCGAACUUUAUGAUCACAAAUAGAAAUUACUCUCCGAGGGACAAGGAGAUGAGGGAAAGGGAAAGCAGCAGCACCACUACCAAUAAUCAUGAGCAUGAUGACGAUCAGAAACCAAAACCUUCAGCUGGGAUAUCGAUAUCGGCAGCAUCGUCAAGGCUGAAAGAAGAAGCACGAGAGCAGUUAAGGCUUGCCAUGGCAGAAAAGGCUUAUGCUGAAGAGGCCAGGCGGCAAGCGGAGCAUCAGAUUGAACUGGCCGAGAAGGAGUUUGCAAAUGCCAAGAGAAUAAGGCAACAAGCACAAGCUGAGUUAGACAAAGCUCAGGCUUUGAAGGAGCAAGCCAUCAAGAAAGUGAACUCCACCAUUCUCCAAAUCACUUGCCAUGCUUGCAAGCAACAAUUCAUUCAAGCUGAUCAUCCAACAACAAGAUCAAGGGCAACCCCAACCCCUACUCACGAGGCAAUCAAUCAUUCUCUGGUACUCAGUUACAUGUCAUCGGCUAUAACAUCAGAAGGUGAUCCAUUAGACAAUAAUAAUAUUCGACCUAAUCAUGCAAAACCUGCUAAUUAACCCCUAGUAGGUUUCCUGCCAGUGCUAGCUAUUUCCCAUCCUCAGAUCUUUAUGUAAACCUUUUUCUUCUUUUCUUUUGAUCGAUCAUAUUAUCUGUCAUAUAACAAGCUGGUUAUUGGGAUAAUAGAAUCAGGCCCAUCAUGAGUAGACGAGUGUUGUAUGGAUCGUGCAAUUCGUGUGAUGUUAUUUGUUCAUUUAUUAAUUUGGUAAAUGAAGAUCACUAUCGAUCAUAUAUAUAUUUAUAUAAUGCAUUGUUUUGUUACUGAAUA